AUGGCCAAGCUCGGCGGGCAGGGCGAGACGCAGCAGUUCAAGGAGUUCCAAUCCUUGCUGGACGAGACGAAGGGUUGCCUUGGCCUCGACAGGAAGGUCCAGACAGAGGACGUUAGGCGAGGCUUAGUGCAACGGGUGCAGAGUGACCUCGCGAAAGACUUCGUGCUCUGGCGGCAAGGGCGGCGCGCUGUGCCCAAUCCACAUGCCGCAGGUUUGCCGCAACAGGUGCUGCAGGCUCUUCGCAAGCCGCUGCCGGAAAGCAGCGGCGGUGACGUCUCCAUGGGGUCGGCCUCGGAGGGCGUCGGCUUCGACGAGGAGAGCGGCGGAUGGGGAUUCGAAUAUGUAAAGGUGCUGUGGGACUUCAAGGAUAUUCUCCGUAUGCUGCGGGCAGACCUGGGUAGCCUCUUCGCCCAGAAGGUCAACCAGAGCACGAUGACCAUCCUUGGCGAGGCCACGGAGGGCGGGACCUUCCCGAAAGAAUCUACAGGUGCAGCCAAAGAGGAGCAGGCAUCUGACCAGGACGACGGCCUCUUCACCGAGGACCCGGAUGUCAGAAGUUUCAUCAACAACGCCGUUUCGACCGUAGACUUGGAGCAGCUACAGCCUCCGGAAGUUACCCUGCAGACGGGGGUGAAGCUGGAGGUUGCUCAGAAGGAGUCCGCUGGCGUAGUAGACGAGUCCGACCAGAAGGAGGCCACCUUUCCAACGGAGGCCUCGGAAGUCGGAGAUCUCAACGCCAAGUUCGCAGCUACUCCCAAGCAAGACGCCGAGACCUUUGGCGGGCGUAACCUCGGGACCGCCAUCCCGACCAUCGAGUGCUUGCUGAAG